UGGAAUAUGCAGCAAUCAAAAGCAAACAAGACGUAUGAUAUACGCAAACAACCUCGCGAAUAAAGUUUACAAAAAGCUGUCUAUCAAAUUGGGAUUUUUGUUACGAAGUUAGACACGACAUAUUUUACUAUUCAGAUACGCAAUAAUAUUUGUUACACACUUAUUUUUCAAAAUUGAUUUGUGAGACCUUCCUGAACGGAAAAUUCCUCGAACUUUUAAUUUUCGAUGGGUCCGUCUUGGGUGAACCGACUGACAGGAAGAAGAAAGACCACAAACCCACAAACCCCAAAAUUUGCGAAAUUCAUUAAUUCAGUUAAUUCUGCCUACAUUCACUUUUAAAAAGUUUGGUGGAAACACCUUUAUUUACUAGUUAGUUAAACAAGUGUUUUGAACACUUGUCUUAUCUUUUUAAAAAAGAAAAAAGAAAAAAAAAGUAAAAAUAGUUACCAAGAUGAGAUUCGAACACACGACGACUCCCGUGUCGGUGCUCAGAGAGGCAAAAAUUUCCAUUCUUGUAGGACACAUUUGCGUUUUAAUACAAGCUCACGAGCUUGUAAAAAUGAAGCAGACAAAGUUAAAAAUAUCAAACAAAAUUAAUAUGCAUAAUAUUAAUUUUGCAUAAUAAUAUAAAUUAAUAUAUACAAAGUACUUGCUAUUGUUUCUGACUCAUAUUUGUGUGAACCACGCAUUACAGUCUGUUUAUUGUUGUUAUUAGAAAUCAACUAAAAAUAUAAUAACACACCACAGCAUGAACAACUGACUGAAGAAGGUGUUUCGAAACAUGAUGAUAUGAGCAUGGAGAACAAUAACAAUGCAUUACAUGCUGAAACAAUGCCUGAAUCUCAAUCUCCGCAAUCUGACAAUCUAACUUCAGUAGUACUGAAUGGUCAGUCGAUAACUAAAGACAACUUACCAAAAAUCACUGCGAGAUUCACCGGGCACAGUCUUUCCAGUGCGUGCAGUAGUAUAUUAAAAAAUGUUCUGAACAACAAGGAGAAAAUUUCCUAUGUUGUCUCAUCUGAUCAAACGCUCAACAAAACACCGUUACAGGUAGAAGUUACUGAAACUGUGACUGAUGCUGAGGAUGACGGCGACCAAAGCGAUAUCUGUAGCCUGCCAGAAUGUGAUUCUGAUCUUCUUGAGGUCAAGCCAGAUGCGCCUCAUAUUGACGAGUUAUCACAUCUCACCGGUACACAACAUUCUUCGAUAUUGCCAGCUAGUUCUUCUCAACCAAACGAGUUACUUAAAGAAACAGAUCCUAUCAACACUGAAUACUCCUCCACAGAGGCUAGUCCGAAAAGCAUCGAAGACAAUGACUUUCGGAGAGAAGGAAACAAAGAAAUCGCCGAUUUCCAAGUAUUGACAACAAACACUAUUGAAGAUGGAGUUGACAGGGUGGAGAAUACAGGUGUAGAUGUUAGGCCUACCAACGGUAAUAGUCAGCCUAUUUCUGCUAUGCCAUCCGACGAACCAGUAGCUAAGAAAGUCUGUAUUAGUGAUAGUAUACCGAAUACAACGCCGUUCUUAUUGAUGCAGAAGAUGCUACGUGGUGAAACAGAACUUUGUUUACCACCAGAUCCUAAACAUUGGACGAAGGAAGAAGUGUCUGAAUUUAUGAAAUGGUUGGUAAUUCUACUCAAAACAGAAGAGCCACUCAUACCGUAUGAGAAUUUCCAGAUUGAUGGGAAGUUGUUGUUCAAAAUGCGAAAGCGGAAUUUACAGAGGUUGUUUCCAGAAGUAGCCGUGGACUGUUUGUGGAUGCAUGUGGAAGCUUUGAAGUUUGCUAGCGUGACAACUUUGACGAAUUCUACUCCUCUUGAUCGUUGUAUUGAUGCAUCAACAACACCAGCAAAAAUUGUUACUGGACAAUCAAAUCCAGCUUCUUCCUACCCUGAGAAUUUGAGUCCUGCAAAUAAAGUGAAAGCUUCAACUGAAGGAUAUUCGUCUCCUGGUAGCGGUCAAAUUCAACUAUGGCAGUUUCUUUUGGAACUCUUAACAGAACGAAAUAUGUGCCAUAUCAUCAGCUGGGUGGGAACAGAAGGUGCAUUCAAACUAGUGGAUCCCGAACGGGUUGCCCAGUUAUGGGGCGAGCGAAAAAACAAACCGUCUAUGAAUUACGAGAAGUUGAGUCGAGCAUUGAGGUAUUAUUAUGAUGGAGAUUUAAUUCAUAAAGUUUGCGGUAAGAGGUUUGUGUACCAGUUUGUUUGUGAUUUAAAAAUGUUGCUAGGUUACAGUGCAGCCGAACUGAGUAGGCUAGUUAAAGAAAGUUCACCUGACACGAGUGUGGACGACUAACCCGGUGGAAACUGUUAUGUUGAAGCAUGUGACAAAAGGAAAAGUUUAUUUAUAUGAGAAAUUUUGCUUACCAGUUUUAGAUAAUUUAAUUUGCUCUUAAUUUUUAAGAAGAAAAUUUACUUUUUUGUUAUUGUGAUUGCGGUAGCUGCAUCGUAGUUUGCGAUUAAUCAACUAUUAAAAUUCUACUAGGAGAAACUAAAUUUAAAUUUAUGAAAAAUUUAUGAAAAAUUUAUGAAAAAUUUAUGAAAAUUUACGAUUAUUCUCAAAAGUAUAUAAUUUUGUA